AUGUUCGGGCCGGGACGAAUCAUCAGGGGCUAUCCACUUUGCCGAGCUAAGCGAGCCACAACAUGCACCCUCCCAACAGCUUACCACUGGACACCAACUCCCAACGCUCCCCUCGUGACCCCUAAAAAUGGCUGGGUCUCGCUCAAAGAUUUUACCCAUGCUCCCUACAAUGGCUCACACCUCGUCUAUGCCUCAAACCACGACUCCUCCAAGUACGGCUCCAUGAACUUCGGUCUCUUCAAGUCAUGGUCCGAUAUGGCCACUGCUCCACAGAACGGGAUGACAUCUGCCACCGUCGCACCUACACUCUUCUAUUUCGCGCCCAAAAAUAUAUGGAUUCUCUCCUAUCAGUGGGGACCAACCGCCUUCUCCUACCGAACAUCUAGUGAUCCAACCAAUGCCAACGGAUGGUCGUCAGCACAACCUCUCUUCUCUGGGACGAUAAGUGGAUCUAGUACAGGUGUUAUUGAUCAGACGGUCAUCGGCGAUGACACGAACAUGUAUCUCUUCUUCGCCGGCGACAACGGCAAGAUAUAUCGGGCCAGUAUGCCUAUUUCCAAUUUCCCCGGCAGCUUUGGCACUUCCUCGACAAUAGUCCUGAGCGAUACGACGAAUGCACUAUUCGAAGCGGUACAAGUCUACACAGUAGAAGGCCAGAACCAAUACCUCAUGAUCGUCGAAGCCAUUGGUGCCAACGGCCGAUAUUUCCGCUCUUUCACUGCAACCAGUCUCGGCGGUGCAUGGACAAAGCAGACUUCUGGGGAGAGCGCACCUUUCGCAGGCAAGGCGAAUAGUGGUGCUACUUGGACAAAUGAUAUCAGUCAUGGGGAUCUGAUAAGGAGUAAUCCUGAUCAGACGAUGACUGUUGAUCCGUGUAAUUUGCAGUUGUUGUUCCAGGGACAGACACCAGGGAACGGGGCUAGUUAUGACCAGCAGCCGUAUAGACCUGGGUUGCUGACACUGCAGCACUAGCUUUGUGGGUGUGCUGUUCAUCUAGUGUGUGGUUCAGGAUUUCGA